GUCAGCCAAAAUUCGAAAACGCCCAACGGCUCCCCAAAUCACCGCUCUUCUCACCUCUCUCUGUCUCUCUCACAGUUCUUUUCCUUUCUCUCUCAAAGAAAUUUCACUCUUUUGGCCCUCUGUCUAUCGUCAGAUUCAAAACCUUGAGAAGUUACAUGGCUUCGACUCCAUCCAAGGCCACCGCUUGUCGAAAGGUUCGAGUCGUAGCCAAAAUCCGGGACUUCACUGGCUCCGAGACUGAGAAUUCAACUGACUCCCCGUGGAUCUCCGUGAACAAGCCCAGCGGAGAGGCUUCUAACAGCGUUACCAUUUCCUUCCGAGACCAACCGGGAAGUCGUAAAGAGUAUUAUGACAUUGAUUACUGUUAUGAGCAAAACGAAGACAAUGAUUUGAUAUUCUCGAGAGAGAUAAAGCCUUUGAUUUUGAGGGUUUUUGAAGGUUGUAACCCAACUAUUAUUACAUGUGGAGCAAAAGGUAGUGGAAAGACUUAUGUAAUUCAGGGAUCUGACGAGAAACCAGGUUUGGCAACACUAGCCAUGGCUGAAAUUCUUUCCAUGGCUGAGAAAAAUGGAAAAUCGAUUGCCAUAUCUUUCUAUGAGGUUUAUCAGGAGCAUGUACAUGAUCUUUUGGAUCCAAAACAGCCAGAAGUUUUGGUAUUAGAAGAUAAAGGCAAAAUCCAAUAUAAAGGACUUUCUCAGGUUACGAUCAAAUCUAUUACAGAAUUUCACAAACUAUAUCUCAGUUGGUGUGAUUCACGUAAAUCAGUUCAAAAGAUGGCAAAUGAACUUCCUCACAAGAGCCACAAGGGUUUAAUAGUACAUGUAUUAUCUCCCAGUGAGAAUGGGGACACUCAUCUUGUAGGCAAGAUGAAUUUUGUCGACUUAGCAGGCUACAAGGAUGCCAGAAGAAAGAGUGUUGAUAGCCUUAAUCUUGUUGAGAGUACCAAACUUAAUAAGUCCAUAUAUGCUGUAUAUAAUGUCGUCUAUUCAUUGAAUGUGAACGAAAACCAUGUGCCAUACCGGGAAAGCAAACUUACUCGCAUGUUAAAAGAUUCGCUGAGUGGGAUGAACAGAAUUUUGAUGAUCACUUGCUUGAAUCCAUCUUUUUGCCAAGAUUCUGUGUAUAUGCUAAGUUUAGCAUCUCGGUCUUGUCAAGGCAUCAAUCGAGUUACGGACUCCACAAAGAAAGUCAAAAAUUCAACAAGACCAUUGGUGCCUUCUUCACAAAAGAGCCGACUACCUGGAAGUGUUUUCACCACCAUGAAGAAACAUCCUGCUUCACAAUUGCAUUUUUCUGAAAAUAAAGCUAGUGGUAUGGCUUUCACAAUGAAAGGAAGGAAAUUAUUUGAUGAAGCAAGUCAUCAGACCAAAUCUGAGAAGGGGAAGUCCAUUUCAAAUAAUACCAAUGUAACAAUGCUUUCAGAAGUGGCAACCUUCUCGUGUGCUGAUGUUGUUGUAACUUUGAAGCAGCAAGAAGAGGGGAAGUCCAUUUCAAAUCAUACUAAUGUGAUGGUGCUUUCAGAAGUGGAAAAUCCAUUGGCAGUUACCCUAAAGGAUAAAGAGCCUACUUCUAUAAUGGAAAAGAACAUUUUAAUUCAUUCACACGAAGCUUUCUCAUUUCCAAAUUCUAGUGCAAUGGAAACUACCAUUCCAAAUAAGGAUGUUCUUGCUAGUGAGAUUGCUCUUCAUGGUGGGAAACAUCAUGAUCAAGUUACUUCCGGUGUUAAUAGCACAAAUGUUUCAUCUUUUACUGGAGAAGGUCAUAGCAUAAACAAAGAAAACCAAAGUAUAAUGGUCAAUAAAGGUGUUUCACCACCAAUAAGUGCAAGACUACGAGAAUUAUCAAACAAUCUAAAAUCACUUUGUUCUUCAACUCCAUUACACAAAAAGUUGCCAGAAGCGAUUGAUGUUUCAUUCUAUGGUCAAGUGUCUACUGAUAAUAUUUUGGAACCAAAGACACCAACAACGGAACAGAGCAUGAGAGUUUAUGAUAGAUUGGAGGUUGCAAAUGUCAGUAGUCCUUGGGAAACAUUAAGUAUGCGCAGUUCUGGAAUGAAGAACUCCCUUGUUCAAGAAUAUAUUAAGUUUCUAAAUACAGCUAACAAGGAGGAUUUGAAAAGACUAAAGGGAAUUGGAGAGAAGAGGGCUACCUAUAUUCUUCAACUUCGUGAAGAAUCACCAGAACCAUUUAAGAGUCUCGAUGAUCUGAAAGAGGUUGGACUUUCAGCAAAGCAGAUAAAGGGAAUAAUGAAAAAGGAGGCUGCAGAGCUUUUUAAUGAGCCGAUAUAUCAUAAAUGCUGAAGAUAUUACAUAUUUUAAUUUCCGAUUGGUAAAUAUUUUGUAAUCUGGUUAGUGGCAACAUGAAGAUGCCUUUAAAAUUGCUUUGUUCGAUCUUGUUUUGUGAUAUUUGAUCAUUUACAUUUCUUUUUUCUUUUUUCUUUUUAUGUUAAGUGUUCGAUAAGGAAUUU